CUCCAUCGGCAGCGCUGGAAUUCUCUGUAUCCCUCCCUCGGAGCAUCCUCGCCCAGAAAAGGGCUUUUCCCCCUCUGUGCCGCCCGGCGGAGCCCCGGGAGGGGAGGGACGCGCGCGGGGAUGCUGGGAUCGGCCGGGACGCUGGGAAGCGCCGCUGGAUGAGCUGAGAGCGUUGGCUGGGGUUCGGGAAUCUCGGCGGCAGCAUGGCCCAGGGCAGGAGGCACGCGUCCGGCCGGGCCUCCAGCACCCCCAGGAUGAGCGCGGAGGGCGGGAGCAGGCCCCUCAAGGUGGGCUCCCGCGUGGAGGUCAUCGGGAAGGGGCACCGCGGCACCGUGGCCUACGUGGGGGCCACCCUGUUCGCCACCGGCAAGUGGGUCGGGGUCAUCCUGGACGAGCCCCGGGGCAAGAACGACGGCACCGUGCAGGGCAGGAAGUACUUCACCUGCGAGGAGAACCACGGCAUCUUCGUGCGCCAGUCACAGAUCCAGGUGUUUGAGGAUGGAGCCGACACAACGUCCCCAGAAACCCCGGAAUCUGCUGCCAUGAAGGUCCCCAAGAGAGAUUCCGUGGAUGCUGCCAAGACCAGCAAACUGCGCGGAGCGAAGCCCAAGAAGACCAGCACCCGCCGGCCCAAGCCCACCCGCACCCCCACAUCGUCCGGCGGGGCCGGGCCCUCGGGGUCGGCCUCGGCCUCGGGGGGGGAGAUGAGCAGCAGCGAGCCCGGGACCCCCGCCCAGACCCCGCUGGUGGCCCCCGUGAUCCCCACGCCCGGCCUGCCCUCCCCGGGGGCACCCCCCGUGCCCUCGCCCACCAAGGAGGAGGAGAAUCUCCGUGCCCAGGUCAGGGACCUGGAGGAGAAGCUGGAGACACUGAAGAUCAAACGGAAUGAGGACAAGGCAAAGCUCAAAGAGCUGGAGAAGUACAAGAUCCAGCUGGAGCAGGUGCAGGAAUGGAAGAGCAAGAUGCAGGAGCAGCAGGCCGACCUCCAGAAGCGCCUGAAGGAGGCCAAGAAGGAGGCCAAGGAUGCCCUGGAGGCCAAGGAGCGGUACAUGGAGGAGAUGGCGGACACGGCCGACGCCAUCGAGAUGGCCACGCUGGACAAGGAGAUGGCCGAGGAACGCGCCGAGUCCCUGCAGCAGGAGGUGGACUCCCUCAAGGAGAAGGUGGAAUAUCUCACCAUGGACCUGGAGAUCCUCAAGCACGAGAUCGAGGAGAAAGGCUCUGAUGGAGCAGCAUCCAGCUACCAGGUCAAACAGCUGGAGGAGCAGAACGCCCGGCUCAAGGAGGCUCUGGUCAGGAUGAGGGACCUGUCGGCCUCGGAGAAGCAGGAGCACGUGAAGCUGCAGAAGCAGAUGGAGAAGAAGAACACGGAGCUGGAGUCGCUGCGGCAGCAGAGGGAGAAGCUGCAGGAGGAGGUGAAGCAGGCGGAGAAGACGGUGGAUGAGCUGAAGGAGCAGGUGGAUGCAGCUCUGGGUGCCGAGGAGAUGGUGGAGACUCUGACGGAGAGAAACCUGGACCUGGAGGAGAAGGUCCGGGAGCUGCGUGAGACCGUCGGGGACCUGGAGGCCAUGAACGAGAUGAACGACGAGCUGCAGGAGAACGCGCGGGAGACGGAGCUGGAGCUGCGGGAGCAGCUGGACAUGGCCACGGGCCGCGUGAGAGAGGCCGAGAAGCGCGUGGAGGCGGCGCAGGAGACCGUGGCCGACUACCAGCAGACCAUCAAGAAGUACCGGGAGCUCACGGCUCACCUCCAGGACGUGAACCGGGAGCUCAUGAGCCAGCAGGAAGCGUCUGCGGAGAAGCAGCAGCAGCCGCCCCCCGAGAUGUUCGACUUCAAGAUCAAGUUUGCGGAGACGAAAGCCCACGCCAAGGCCAUCGAGAUGGAGCUGCGGCAGAUGGAAGUGCAGCAGGCGAACCGCCACGUGUCCCUCCUCACCUCCUUCAUGCCUGACAGCUUCCUGCGGCACGGCGGGGACCACGACUGCGUCCUGGUGCUGCUGCUCAUCCCCCGCCUCAUCUGCAAGGCGGAGCUGAUCAGCAAACAGGCCCAGGAGAGGUUCGAGCUGAGCGAGAGCUGCGCAGAGCGCGCGGGGCUGCGCGGGGCCGCGGGGGAGCAGCUCAGCUUCGCCGCCGGGCUCGUGUACUCCCUGAGCCUGCUCCAGGCCACGCUCCACAAAUACGAGCAGGCCCUCAACAAGUGCAGUGUGGAGGUGUACAAGAAGGUGGGCACCCUGUACCCCGAGAUGAGCGUCCACGAGCGCUCCCUGGACUUCCUGAUCGAGCUGCUCCACAAGGACCAGCUGGACGAGACCGUCAACGUGGAGCCGCUCACCAAAGCCAUCAAGUACUACCAGCACCUGUACAGCAUCCACCUGGCUGACCAGGCUGAGGACUGCACCCUGCAGCUGGCUGACCACAUCAAGUUCACCCAGAGUGCCUUGGACUGCAUGGGGGUGGAGGUGUGUCGGCUCCGAGCCUUCCUCCAGGCCGGGCAGGAGGCAGCAGACCUGGCCAUCCUGCUCAAGGACCUGGAGACGUCCUGCAGUGACAUCCGCCAGUUCUGCAAGAAGAUCCGUCGCCGGAUGCCGGGCACGGAUGCGCCGGGAAUCCCCGCGGCCCUGGGCUUUGGAACACAGGUGUCGGACACGCUGCUGGAGUGCCGCAAGCACCUGACCUGGGUGGUGGCCGUGCUGCAGGAGGUGGCAGCAGCCGGGGCCCAGCUCAUCGCGCCCCUGGCCGAGACCGAGGGGCUGCCGGCCCCCCGCCUGGAGGAGCUGGCCUUCAAAGUCAGCGAGCAGAUCUACGGCUCGCCGGGGAUCAAUCCCUACGAGUGCCUGAGGCAGUCCUGCAGCAUCCUCAUGGCCACCAUGAACAAGAUGGCCACGGCCAUGCAGGAGGGCGAGUACGACGCCGACCGCCCGCAGAACAAGCCCACGCCCCCGGCAGAGCUCCGGGCGGCCGCGCUCCGGGCGGAGAUCACGGACGCCGAGGGGCUGGGGCUGAAGCUGGAGGACAGGGAGACGGUCAUCAAGGAGCUGAAGAAGUCCCUCAAGAUCAAGGGCGAGGAGCUCAGCGAGGCCAACGUGCGGCUCAGCCUCCUGGAGAAGAAGCUGGACAGUGCAUCCAAGGACGCAGAUGAUCGUGUGGAAAAGAUCCAGACGAAGCUGGAUGAGACCCAGACACUGCUCAAAAAGAAGGAGAAGGAGUUUGAGGAGACCAUGGACGCUCUGCAGGCCGACAUCGACCAGCUGGAGUCGGAGAAGGUGGAGCUGAAGCAGCGGCUGAACAACCAGUCCAAGCGGACGAUCGAGGGGCUCCGGGGGGGUCCGGCCUCGGGCGUCGCCUCCAUCGUGUCCGGCAUCGCCGGCGAGGAGCAGCAGCGAGGUGUGGGUGCCGGGCAGGUGCCGGGGGGCGGCUCCGGCCCCGUGCAGGUGAAGGACUCUCCGCUGCUGCUGCAGCAGAUCGACGCCCUGCAGCUCUCCCUGAAGCACCUCAAGAACGAGAACAACAUGCUCAAGGGUGCCCAGAUGAAGAUGGAGCUGGCCAGCCUGGCCCCGCUGCAGGUGCCGCGGGUGGCCCUGCCCCGGGAGCGCCCCGGGGAGGGGCUGCCCACGCAGACCCUGUUCCGCAAGACCACCCAACUCCUGGAGACCCUGUACCAGCUCAGCGCCAACGCCAAGGUGCUGGACAUGAGGCAGAACAAGUCCACCCGCAGUUCCUCGGCUCGCCUCCUGGAGCAGACAGCUCGGCUCUGCGCCCUCAAGAACACCAUCGACGCCCUGAAGGACGACACCCUGAGGGAGAUGGUGCAGCAGCAGCCGGGUGCUGGAGUCAGCACCACCUUCGGCACCUUCCCCUCCUCCUCCUUCCUCAAGGCCAAGCAGGAGCAGGCGCAGGGCCCGGCGCUGUGCGGGCGGGUGUCGUUCCCGUGCCCCCCGGGGCAGGGCCAGGCGCACCGGCUGCUGCUCACCCCGGACCUGCUGCAGCACCUCCGACAACACUUCGUCGCCUGAGGGUCCCCCGGAACGGGAUGAGGGUCCCCUGCGCCCCCCCCGCCCCCCGGGGUCCCCGCACUGCCCCCCCCGGCCCCACUCGCGGGUGGAGCCGGAGCCGCUUCCCCGGGGGGAUCCGGGACCCCCCCCGCUGCUCUCAGACACUACAGACCCCGGGACCCCCCCGGCCUGGGCCGUCCCGGGGGGGCCGGAGCCCCCCGCGCCCCCCUGUGCCCCCGGGCCGGGGCUGCGACCCCCCCGCGCUCCUGCUCUCCAAUAAAAUGCCCUGAACCUGAA